AUGAAAGCCAGAAUGGAGGAACUGGUCGAUGCCUGGGACCCACAAGCCGAGAAGCCUGGCAAGUUCUCCACUGAUGUGAAGUACCAGAUGCAGAUGCAGGGAGCUUCGGACUACUUCUUGGACAGCGCGGACCGCAUCCAUUUUUUCAUUGAAAAGGAUGCCGGUGACGAGGAUGGAAAGAUCAAGAACUCCCUUUCGAAAGCCAGAUCCUUGAACAAGGUUGGUCACGGCCUUCAUGUUGCAGAUCCAGUCUUUCGAGAGUACAGCCAGUCCAGCAAGGUGGCGGAUCUCGUAGAGGAGCUUGGCUACCGCGACCCGGUCCUGCCACAGUCGAUGUACAUCUUCAAGCAGCCCGUGACUGGAAGUGAGGUCACCUCCCACCAGGACUCCUCCUUCCUCCACACGACGCCAAGACCAACAUGCAUGGGUCUUUGGCUGGCGUUGGACGAUGCAACGUUGGAGAACGGAUGUUUGUGGGCCAGGCCUGGAUCCCAUCUCGAAGCCGUGCGCAGAGUCUUUGUUCGAAACCCGGAGUAUUUCGAGGGAGGCAAUCGAAAAGCCACGCAGCUGGUAUUCGAAAACCUGGAUGACAGCAAGGCGCCUGCCUGGGAAUGGGAGGGCAAGAUGCCGGAUGGCUUCGAAGCACCGAGCAGCGGCUUGCGGGAAAAAGGGUUCAAAGCCCUGGAAUGUGAGGCUGGUGACCUCGUGGUCAUCCAUGGCCAGGUGGACCACUUAUCCCUGGCUAACACCAGCGCGAAGCCGCGGGAGACCUUCCAGCUGCAUUUGGUUGAGGGGCCUGGCGAAGGCAUCACGUGGAGUCCACGGAACUGGUUGCAGUAUCCCACGGGAAAAACCUUCCCGUCGCUACGGCCCAGCGCCCGCAAGCGCAAGGCAGAGGACAGCGAUCCCUGA